AUGAGUACUCAAGAGGAGAUGAUGACUGGAGAGGAAGUCAAUAGUCGACUUCCUCUUUAUCCUGGCGAUGAUCCUCGCCCAACGAGCAGAAGGGAACUAGCGGGUUGGUAUUGUUAUGGCUGGGCCGCAGAAGUGUUUACUGUAUGUGCGAUGGGCUCUUUCUUGCCCAUUACACUGGAGCAGAUGGCACGAGAUCGCGGGGUUCUUCUGUCUGACAAGACUACCCCUUGUAGCUCAACAUGGAAUCCUUCUCAAGAUCCUAGCCACCAAGCUGGGUAUCAAGCUCAAAAAGCAGAUGCUAGCCAGUGCAUUAUAUACCUGCUAGGCGCUGAAAUCAAUACUGCCAGUUUCGCCUUAUAUACAUUUUCCCUGAGUGUGUUGGUGCAGGCAAUUCUGAUCAUCUCUAUGUCGGGUGCUGCGGACCAUGGGAGUUAUCGAAAAACGCUCCUAAUGAUAUUUGCCUUUGUUGGUUCAGUGGCAACUAUGCUGUUUCUGGCUGUUGUUCCUAAAAUCUACCUUUUGGGAGGCGUGUUAGCCAUUGUCGCCAAUACCUGUUUCGGUGCGUCCUUUGUCCUAUUGAAUUCUUUUCUUCCUGUGUUGGUGCGACAUCAUCCUGUGAUCCUCAACAAAGUCGAAAACGAAGAUUUCCCGCAUGAUGAUACCAUCCAACACAGUUCAGAUGUAUCCAGGCCAUUAUUGGAAACUAAUGAGCGGGAUCGAGAUGCAUCCGCUAAGAUGACAUCCUUCCACCUUGCUCUUUCCACCCAAAUAUCAUCCUUUGGUAUUGGCAUUGGCUAUGUCGGGGCAGUGACUUUGCAGGUGAUAUCGAUUGGUAUUGUUGUGAUUACCCACCAGACAACAUUUUCGCUUCGAUUGGUCUUGUUUUUUAUUGGGCUAUGGUGGUUCGUCUUUACUAUCCCCGCAAUCAUGUGGCUACGCAUUCGGCCCGGUCCACCCCUGCUCAAUAAUGGGAAACCUCUCAAUUCAUGGAUAGCCUACCUGACCUAUGCAUGGGUUUCUCUUGGCAAAACAGCCAUGCGUGCGAGACGUUUGAAGGACAUUCUCCUUUUUCUAGCAGCAUGGUUCCUUCUGAGCGAUGGCAUUGCCACUGUCAGCGGAACAGCUGUUCUUUUUGCUAAGACCGAGCUUAAUAUGAAGCCGGCAGCGCUGGGGCUCAUCAACGUAAUUGUUAUGAUCGCCGGGGUAUGUGGUGCAUUCUCUUGGAGCUACGUAUCAAGUCUUCUGAAUCUCCGUGCAUCACACACUAUUAUUGCCUGCAUUAUUUUGUUCGAACUGAUCCCAUUAUAUGGGAUUCUGGGAUUUGUUCCUUCAGUGCAGCGCCUAGGGAUUGGUCUCCAACAGCCGUGGGAGAUGUAUCCUCUCGGCGCCGUGUAUGGUCUUGUCAUGGGCGGCCUCUCAUCUUACUGCCGGAGCUUCUUCGCUGAGUUGAUUCCUCCCGGUCACGAAGCGGCGUUCUAUGCUCUAUAUGCUAUCACCGACAAGGGUUCCAGUGUAUUUGGACCUGCGAUUGUUGGAAUGAUCACUGAUCGAUAUGGUGAGAUUCGGCCCGCAUUUGUGUUUUUGGCUGUUCUGAUUUUUCUCCCCUGCCACUUAUGUUACUCGUGGAUGUUGAGCGGGGAAAACGUGAUGCACUUGAACUCCGUGCUGAACUUGAUCGUCCUUCAGAGGCCCCAGGUUAUGGAACUAUCUCUACCGGAGUUUCGGAAGAACCCCAUGCCGGAGAGUAGCUAG